GAUUUAAAAUGUCUUCUACAAAUUUAUUAAAAAAGGGAAUGAAUUUAAAAAAAAGCAGACCAAAAAGCAAAGCUGAGAAACUUGCUGAACGCCAACAAUGGAUGUUGUCUUUUAAUCACAACGAUUUUGACAAUCGCCAAGUCCAAAACGAUGAAGAUGAUGAAAUUGGUGUUAAAGGAGUUAAUAAAAAAUUAAAAAGAAAAACUGCCAAAGCGGAGAUGGAGGAACUUUUUAAAGAUCUUGAUGGUGAAGAGUUAGAUGAUGAAGAAGAGUUGGCAGAUUUUUGUGAUCAAAACAAUGAAGAUGUUGCUGAUAUUGAAGGAGACGACAAUUUGUCAGUUCAAAGUUCUGAUUAUGAUAUUAACCAAGAUGGACAUUCUUCUAAAAAUUUAGAGUCACUUUGUGACAAUGAGAAUGAAAGGCUUGCUAGUGAUGAUGAUGUACCGCCUGAGGAAUUUUCAUCAAAUCUUCAUGAAAAUACAAAUGUUGAUGAACAAAUUUCAAAAAAGAAGGAAAAUCCUCAGCGAAAGAAAGCCUCGAAAAAGAAAAGGGAUGCAAUUAAACAAAAGAAACUGAUGGAGACGGACAAUGGAGUUUAUCGAGUUCAGAAGGGCGUUACUCAAUUCGAAAUUGUAUCUUUGGACAAAAGAAAUGCAACCAACACAGACAGUGAAUCUGAAACUGAUGAGGAAGAUGAAGGGUCUUUAAUGUGUUCACCUUCUUUUAUUCCUCUUGAUGACAAUAAAAAAAUUAACAAAAAUAAAAAAGUUAUGGCACCUCCAAAUAUUGGAUUUAGAGAACAAUUAUUGAGAAUAUCUACAGCAAAUAAAAGGAAAAAACGGCGUUAA